AUGGAAGAAUUACUGGCGCCCGCUCGACCAGUUCGAAGAUCAACGGGAGUCAAGAAUGGUGCACGUCUUUUUAUCCAGAAAAUGAUAGUGGAAGAUGAUCUUGAGAAGGUUACCUGGGUAUUAAAAGAAGCAUUGCGAGCAGAUCAGAUUGUGAAACUAAAGGUCCUCUUCACAGGAAUUGUGAACUCCAACCUGAACGGGCUCUAUCAAAACUAUGACUACUACGAGGAUUCCGAUUCACCCAGGAUAGCAGCCGUGACGCAGUUUGAACCAACGCAUGCUCGAAAAAUGGUGCCCUGUUUCGAUGAACCAGAGUACAAGGCAAUUUGGAAUGUCACUGUCAUUCAUCCAAGAGGGACCAGUGCAAUAUCAAAUGGACUCGAAAUGAGCGAAACCACCGAACCUGAUGGAGAUUGGAAAGUGUCGAUGUUUCAUCCGUCACCCUUAAUGUCCUCCUACCUUCUUGCCAUUGUUGUUGCUGAAUAUGACUUUGAUGAAGCGUAUACAGAACGGGGAACGAGGAUCCGAAUGUGGUCACGUCCGUCAAAGAAUCCCAAGGUCAGGAAAAUACUGGUGAAUAGAACGACGGUUUUCAUCAGUUUGUUUGAGAAGUAUUUUGGCAUAAAUGAUAUUGCGGUGAAACAAGAUCUAGUUGCUGUUCGUGAAUUUGGUACUGGAGCAAUGGAAAACUGGGGUUUGAUUACAAUCAGGGAGGAAUUUGUACUCUCAGACUAUAUUGAUCUCUAUUCAGCGAUGCGGCUUGUGGCACACGAGCUAGUUCAUCAGUGGUUCGGCAAUUUGGUGACAAUGAAGUUUUGGGAAGAUCUAUGGCUCAAUGAAGGUUUUGCUACCUUUUUCGAAAAGAUUGUGCAGUGGGAUCUAAAAGUGCAUGACGACGACCUGCAAGUGUUCCCUGCUUACUUGCUGCUUGAUCUUUACAAAGCUCUCGAUGCUGAUUCUUCAGCUACAAGCCGUCCACUUUCUUCUAUAAUCGAAACACCUAUGGAAAUUGAAGAAAGUUUUGAUGGGUUAUCUUACAGCAAGGGAUGCUCUAUCAUAGCAAUGGUAAAAUCUGUGAUAGGAGAGCGAAAUUUUCGAAAAGCAGUUAAUCAUUAUCUCAAGAAGUUUUCAUUCAAAAACGCUCAUCGUGAUGAUCUCUGGCAAGCUUUCGACGAAGCCAUUGAUGCAGUUCCAGGACCCUAUAAAAGUGCUUUAAACGUCCAGGAUUUUGGUAACCAGUGGACUAUGCAGAUGGGCUUUCCUCAUGUUACCGUAAAAUACUUCAAUUCUACUGCUGUGGUUAUAACUCAGGAGAAGUACAGAAGAAAUCCCUCAAUUUCUGAAUUGCCAAAAUACCUUUCACCUCGCUACGGGUACAAAUGGGAUGUCCCGAUAUGGUAUCAAAAAUUGGGAGGACAACCGCAAUUUGCGUGGCUGAGGAGGAACGAACCGUUGUACAUAAACGUGGAUUCCACCGAAAAACCAAUCAUAUUGAACGUUCUUACAAAUUGCUACUAUAGACAAAACUAUGACAGAGAUGGAUGGCAGAAAAUCAAGGAACAACUCGAAAAAAACCCUGAGGUUUUUCCCGAGUUUUGGAGAUAUUCCCUCAUCAGUGACGCAUUUGCAGCAGCCUUCGUCGAUCGCUUAGAUUAUGAGCUGCUUUUCGACAUGCUUUACUACGCCAAGAAAGAGAAGAGUGGUGAGGUAGCGAGAGCAAUGAUAGAAAAACUAUACGGCCUAGGGGGACUAUUCCGAGGGCGAGAAAGUAAAUAUGUUUAUACUUACACUUAUGAGAUCUUGAAACAUCAUAUGAUUGUAUACAAUCGUAUAACUGAUCUGAUAAUGGUCGGAAGUGAGAGUAAAGCAUUUAAGAAAACGAAACUACGUUAUCAAAGUGAAAGUGGACACGUAAGGCUAGGCAUGGAAGCGGAAUCAUCUAUAAAACUCAACAACAAGUUGUCCAGGAAACCUACUAGAAGUUGGGAAUGCACUCGUAAUGCUGCGAAUUGUUCAAUUGCUGUGGUUCAAAGUGCACAUUGA